AUAUUCUUCGACAAAAUCAAACUAAUAGCUGUUGCCAUUGUUAUUGUUCUCUUGCUGAUUAUCAUAAUAGUUCUCGCCGCCAUCCUUGGUCAAGAACGUGCCAGAAGAGGAAAAGACGAGAUCCAUCCUGGAGGUGAGACUGAGGAGGAGAAGGAAGGCGGAAGUCCAACCCCUCCCGGCCCAACCACAGCAGGCCCAGAGCCUUGGUGGAGAAUUCGGCUUCCUGAUAAUGUGAUACCAUAUCACUAUGAUCUCACCUUACGCAUUGACAUGAAUAACCCGAACUUCAAAGGCAAAGUCAAAAUUUGGUUCAAAGUGACGAGUCCCACCCCCUACAUUCUAGUUCAUGCUCUCUACGUGAACUUUACUGCAAAUGAAGUCAGGAAACUUUCCGGGGGACUCGUUCCGAUAAAGCGAUAUUUCAAGUUUCGAAAGAACCAAUUCCUCGUCACAGAGCUGGAGUCGUCAUUGGAUAUUGGCCAAUAUACUACGACACUUGAAUACUCUGGAGAAUAUGGAAAAGACCUAAGGGGAAUGUACAAAUCCUCCUUCAUAGACAAGAAUGGCAAGGAAUCAUUUUUUACCGCCACCCAAUUUGAACCCUUGAGAGCACGCAGAGCGUUUCCAUGCUUCGAUGAGCCUGCAAUGAAGGCGACUUUUAACGUGACUCUGGUUCAUGAUCCUAAUCUAGUCGCUCUGUCCAACAUGCCAAUCUAUCGAAGUCAAAUUGAUGAUGGAUGGAAAUACGAUCACUUUGAAAGGACUGUCAUUAUGUCUACUUAUUUAGCUGCCUUUGCUGUUGGUGACUUUAAGUACAAGGAGACUAAAACAGACAGGGGCAUACAGAUCAGAAUUUACACAAGACCAGAUGUUCUUGAUCAGGCGGACUACGCUUUAAAAGUGUCAAACGAGACAUUUAUUUACUUUGAAGACUUCUUUGGUAUAAAAUAUACAUUACCAAAGUCAGAUGGCAUCGCACUUCCGGUAUUUGGCCCUUCCGCAAUGGAAAACUGGGGCCUUAUCAAAUAUCGUGAAACGAAUUUGCUGCUGAUGGAGGGUGAGACUUCAUCUUCGUCGAAAGAGAGCAUCGCAAAACUGGUGGCACAUGAAGUUGGACAUCAGUGGUUUGGCAAUAUUGUUACCAUGGAAUGGUGGACAGAUCUCUGGUUAAACGAAGGUUUUGCUACUUACGUCAGUUCGAUCGGAAUGGAUCACGUACAUCCCGAAUGGAACAUUAUCGACCAGUUUAUCGUCACAACAGUUCAAGAAACUUUGCAGCUAGACGGACUAGCAAGUUCUCACCCAGUUAGGAUUCCUGUUGAAGAUCCCCAAAAAAUUGGAGAAAUCUUUGAUGCCAUCUCGUACAAAAAGGGAGCUUCCAUUCUAUUAAUGCUUCAUUAUUAUUUGGGAAACAAAAUAUUUCGUGAUGGAUUAAAGAGAUAUCUUACCGAUCAUGCUUACGGAAAUGCUGAAACAGAUGACUUAUGGGAUGCAAUGACGAAGGCAAGUAAGGCUGCUGGAAAGACGAUGGACGUAGGCAAACUAAUGAACACCUUCACGCUCCAGAUGGGGUACCCUGUGGUGACCAUAACAUCCACAGAUGCACCAAACACAUAUCAAGCAACCCAAAACCGUUUUCUUUAUUACAAAGAUCCAAAAGGAAACUAUUCGUCUUCCCCGUACAAUUACAAGUGGGUGAUUCCAUUUACCUACUACACUGGAUCAAGCAAUUUUAAUGAUCCCCCAACAGAUACAAUGUCGACAAUAAUAGACAAAGAAUCAGUUAGUUUGAGUUGGGAUGGAAAUGGUUGGAUAAAAGGAAAUAUUGGGCACACUGGUUUCUAUCGUGUCAAUUACGAAGAAAAAAACUGGGAUAUGCUGGCUAAGCAGCUUGAAAAUAAUUAUAAGGUGUUUAACACCACUGAUCGCGCCGGGCUUAUCGAUGAUUCCUUCAACUUAGCCAGAGCCAACCUAUUGAAUCACACGAAACCUCUGAGUAUAUCAAGUUAUUUGGACAAGGAAGAGGAAUACGUUCCACUGCUAUCUGCCUUAAGAAAAUUCUCAUAUAUAUUGGAGAUCGUUCCAUCCACACAACCAGCCCACAAAUAUUUGCGGAUGUACGUGGAAUAUUUAACAAAAACUCAGUACAUCAAGCUUGGAAUCAAAGAUCAAGGAACACAUCUUGACAAAUUUCUAAGAACAAUUCUCCUGGAUGCUAACUGUGAGGCUGGAGUCAGGUCAUGUCUAGGAAAUAUGACGAAAAUGUUUCAAGAUUGGAUGAAUGACCCAGUCAAAAAUGCUGUACCAGCGGAUCUCAAAGCCCUAGUUUACCAUUUUGGAAUAGUAACAGGAUGAGAGAGGGAAUGGAACUUCGCCUUCGAUCAGUUUAAAACUACGAAUGUAAUAUCAGAUAAAAAUACACUGCUCUACGCCAUGGCAGGAUCACAACAGCCUUGGAUUAUUCACAGAUACCUAGAGUACGCUUUGGAUCCCUUGAAAAUCUCGCCCCGCAAUCUAUUCUAUGUAAUGUACUACAUAGCUAAGAGUAAUGAAAUGGGCGCCAACGUGGUGUGGAGUUUCUUUCAGUUUAAAUGGGAUGUAAUAUCCAAAAUGUAUGGAGGUUCGUAUAUGACUUUAAGGCGUUUCAUUCCUUACGUGUCCAGGCGAUUCUCUACAGAUUUUGAGUUACAGCAGCUGCUUGAUUUUAUCGAAAAAGUACAUAAGGAUGGACCCUUAUCGUGGAGCGUUCAACAGUCGAUAGAAAAAGUGAAAGCAAAUAUACAAUGGCGAAAAACAAAUGAGAAUGACGUAGAGGCCUGGUUAAAGGAUUUCUUUGCUAAAAAGUCCAAAAAAGUUACUGAUGAUGGCUUUACUGAUCCAGCAAAAUAAGCGAUGAAUUUCUUUGAAAAAUCACGAUUUCACUGCCAUGUACUUAGCUGUAAGAAUAUUGCUGAGCACGCUUUAAAAAGUAACAAGUUUAAAAACUUUCCCGUACCCCGCUUUUUCCUUUUAAGCUUUAGAUCUUAUCUCUAAAAUUAUUUCUUGUAUCCUUUGUUCCUUUUAUAUGAAUAGUAAGAUUAUAUGAUUGUAUUAAGUUACAAUU